AAAUGUACACGUAGGACGCAAAUCACUCAUAACGACGUCGUUUACAGUUAGAAAAAACGCUAUCUUCUUCAUCUUGUUCACUGAAAACUACAAGCUCGCAGCAAAAAUGGCUGCUACUACUACUACUACCUCCGCUUCAUUCUCUCGCUUCUCCGUUAUCUCAAAACCACCUUCACAACCGCAAUUUAACCUCUUCAACUUCCCUAACCGAACCGAAUCUCUCAAUUCUCGAACCGGCAUUGACCGGUUCAGAUGUUCAGCCGGUGAUACCGGUUUAUUCACGAAACUCGGCCGGUUACUGAAGGAGAAAGCGAAGAGCGAUGUAGAGAAAGUAUUCUCUGGUUUCUCCAAGACUCGUAACAACCUCUCCGUCAUUGAUGAACUUCUCCUUUACUGGAACCUCUCCGAUACCGAUAAAGUCCUCGAUGAACUCGAAGAGGCUCUUUUAGUAUCAGAUUUUGGACCAAAAAUUACUAUAAAAAUAGUGGAGAAUUUGCGUGAGGAUAUACUUUCAGGGAAGCUUAAAUCAGGGAGUGAGAUAAAGGAAGCACUGAAGAAAAACGUUUUGGAUUUGUUAAGCAACAGGGGGAGUAAAACUGAACUUAAACUUGGAUCCAGGAAACCAGCCGUAAUAAUGAUAAUUGGUGUUAACGGUGGUGGGAAGACAACAUCUUUGGGAAAGCUGGCUUAUAGAUUGAAGAAUGGAGGUGCUAAGAUAUUGUUGGCAGCUGGUGAUACAUUCAGAGCAGCUGCUAGUGAUCAGCUAGAAAUAUGGGCUGAAAGGACUGGGUGUGAGAUUGUUAUGGCUGAAACUGAGAAAGCGAAGGCAUCAGUAGUGCUUUCACAGGCUGUAAAAAGAGGAAAACAGGAAGGUUAUGAUAUUGUAUUAUGUGAUACAUCUGGACGUUUACACACCAAUUACAGGCUAAUGGAAGAGUUAAUUGCUUGUAAAAAGGCUGUUGCUAAAGUAGUUGCUGGUGCACCCAACGAGAUCUUACUGGUUCUGGAUGGGACCACCGGUUUGAAUAUGUUGCCACAAGCCAGAGAAUUCAAUGAAGUUGUGGGUGUAACUGGCUUAAUUUUGACCAAACUGGAUGGUUCUGCAAGAGGUGGCUGUGUGGUCAGUGUGGUUGAUGAGCUUGGAAUCCCUGUAAAAUUUGUGGGUGUUGGUGAAGGUGUUGAAGACCUUCAACCCUUUGAUGCAGAAGCUUUUGUUAAUGCCAUCUUUACGUAAACCAGUAGUAGGCUUUGGUUAUAUAUGCUAUGGUUCAGAAUCAUAUAUUGACACGGAUAUGCAGCGCAACACUAGGUCACAGGAAAGAUAACAUUUGUUGAAUCCAUUCUUUAGAGAGAGGCCAAGCUUAGCAAAAGGUGAAAAUGAUUUUGCGGUACUGAAGCUAUUCCUUCUUUGGAGUCAGCUCAGCUUAUAUAAACCCCUUCACAUGUUUUUUGAGGUUGGUUGACAAUGUGAAAGAGUGACGGGAUUUAUUUUCCACUCUGGCAUUGAACUUGAAGAUUUUUUGUAAUGUGCAUGUAAAUGAAUGAUACUCCAGAAAACAUAAAGAGUGAAAAUAUAGUUCCAUUAUUUGUCAAUAACUGAUUAAUGAUGUGAUUUUUUGCUCCAA